GUCAAUUUUAUGCAGGAGCUAUUUUGUACCCUGAAAUUUUUCCUUACAAUUUUUGUUUGUUUGAUAAAUUGUUAUGAAUAUUAUCAACGAGAAACUGUUAAUUAAAGAAGCAUGAACAUAAAACAAGAAAAUAUAGUGGUUGACUCUUGUCAAUUCACGCCUGUUUAUCUGGUGGAAAAUACUGGCGCCAUUCAGGGGAGGUCUUACAUUUUGACUCAAGCGAAUGUGGAAGAACCGAAACCCGUCACAGAUAACCUGAAAAGCUAUUACGAGAAUAGCGGCAUCUUAGAGACAAGUUUCGUAAACAAUGCGCCCACUUUUUCUAAGCCUCGUAUACUGAAAAGGCAGGAAAGUAAAUUGGUGGGUAAUAAUUUGAAGCUGGCUAGUUUCUUGUUACCAAAAACAAAUACUGAAAAUAAUGUGAACAAACAAUCUGUGCCAAUAAGCAAUAUUGUGUACAAGCCAGUGGUCACUACAAGUGUCGUUCACACUGUCCCAAAAGUGGAAGUGGAGAGAAAAAUUGUCAGAUUAGAGAGUUUCCCACCGAAACCAAAACCUACUCAUCGGGAACGGAUUCUACCAAAGAUUAAACCCAAAGAUGAUCCACCAAAUAAAAAUCCCAUUAAACACACUUCAGUGCAAUUACUUAAGCUUGGAGAGACCUAUCAUAGUCUCAACCAGUUGAGCAGUGAUCAGAUGAAGAUGGUGAACCAAGCUCUCAAGAUCUUCAGCAAGCCGGAAAAUGGAAGCUUGGAGCCCACCUACGACCCAGUUACCAACACUCGCUUCAUAUACAAAGUUGUUUCGCCAAGAGAGUUGACAGUAGUUGGUAAGAAUAAGAUCAAAAGAGAGGAGAUAAAGAAGGAAGAGAGAAAAGAAGAGAUUAUCAAAGAAAUAAAGAGGGAACCCAAGAAGGUUGCUAAAGUGGAAGAAGUUGAGCCAGAACCUGUAACUACUGUGCCUGAAGAGGUGAAAGUAACAAGAAGUGGCAGAAUAGUUAAGUUCCCAAAGCAGAUAGUUGAGGAGAUACCGCAAAAACCAAAAAAGAAGAAUGGAGCUGUUGUGUCCUGCUUCCAGUGUUCUACUGAAUUCUGCAGUUUGUAUCGCCUUCAGAAACAUUACGAGAACCACCCCACCCACAUCCCAGCUAAAAUUCACUCCAACCUGUUCCACUGUUUACUUGCAAUAGUGAAAAGUGGCUCAGAAGAAGACAGGACCACCAUAUUCAUUCAGCAAUUGGAACAACUCAUUGAAAAACUGAAGUCACUUCUCCCUUGUCUGCUGAAGAAAGUUGAUGGUGUUGACGGAAAACCGUGCACAAUAAACGACGAUCUUGGCAGGUUGUUUGGUAUGAAUCCUGGAACAUACAACUUGAAUAUAGAUGGACUCUCAUGCGUUAAAGGCAAAGAAGGCAACUGCAGGCAUAACCCACCCCCGCCAAAGAACAACUUCAAUAUUGACCUGAACAAACCAACCCCACUUUGGCAAACAAUACAAAACGACGACGCCAAUAACUCAGGGAGUGAAUCCGAAGACUGUGCGAGAAUCAAUGCUGUCGACAAAUGGCCAAUAGGAAAUAAGAGAUUCAGAAACGUCAAACAACAGAAGACGCAAGAUUUGAAAUCCAAACGAAUGAAACUCACAUCAGAAAGUGCUGAAACAGUCAUUGAGCUAGAUGAUUUUGUAAUUUCCAAUGACAAUUUCACUGUGCCCAUCGAAGUAUCAAGUGUAGAAAAUAUACCAGAGCCAUUAAUAGAUGAAUUUAUAGUAAAAAAAAGUGAUAAUAAUUGCAUUCAAGAACCACCUGUAGUCGUAAAGGACACACAAAAGAUUACCACUUUUACUGAUCUCCCAAAGAAAGCUAAAGGCGCGCAUACACAGUUUCACAGCGCACACUUCGACAUACGAUCCUCACCUAUAAAAACUUCAUCAGCAGCAACAUUUCGGAAAUUCCAAAUUAACCCUGAAAAACUCGCAAAAUACGAAGUACAAAUUAUUCGCCCGUUGGAACUCGAUAAGACCUGUGAAGAAGUCAGUCCAAAUACUGAAGCAAGUUUCAUGCAUAGUAAUGAAACAGAGGUGAUUCAAAAUUCUGAUGUCAUACCUGAACAAAGUGCAAUACCUUCCACCGAAGACAACUCUGAUCUCCAAAGUAUAUUUAGAGACGAACUAAUAGAGUUGACUUGCAAGGACCCACAUGAUAUCCCCAACGAUUUGGCUUUUGCAGCUGCAAAAGAGUGGAUAUGCAGCGGUUUAAGUUCAGUGGGUGGAAAAAGUGAUGACGAUUUUAUAAAGACUAAUAGUUUAGAUGAGAGCUUUAUUAGUGCUAAUAGUCUAAUUGGUCCAGCUUUAUUAGAUUGUAAGGAUGAUUCUCAGAACAAAUUGCAAUUGAGUAGCGAGUUGGCCGGAGCUGGUACUCUGAGUGAGAAUGAUAACCACAUAAUGAACCCGGGCUCAGCAUCAGUAUUGAACUUCUUAGAUUCUUUAGGCAGCGAGUGCCUGUCCUACCCUGAGACUGAAAUUAGAAAUAGCAAUGUGGACUUUCAGUUAGAUUUAUUUUCUUUUAGUAAUACAUAGAGUAAGGAAAAGUAAUUAUAUGAAAUUAUAGAUAAUAUGGAUAACUAUUUUUAUUUUGAACAAAUUAAAAUAAAUCAUUAUUAUAAAAUA